AAAAACAAAUUCUAAAGCAAACGGACCGUCACCACAGAGGACUCUGUGCUUUUUAUACACAUACAGAUGAUUUGCCAUCUCUUAUCUCUUCAUUAGGUCAACAACACUCAAUGGUGCAAUGUGGACUUUUCACCGCUCUGGUCAAAAUGUAAGAGUUUCGUCUUUUAAAAUCUGACAGAAACCUGAACCCGCUCACAGAGGAACGCAUUACCACUGGCUCGUUGAUUCUUCUACAGCUCUGUUCUCACUAGCCAAACAGAAAAUGGGCCAGUCGAUGUCUCCAGAGCAGCAACUGGUUGAACUUGACAAGUUCUCAGACGCACUGUUCGCUUCAAACCAAUGGCAAGGUAUUGGAAUCGACAGCUCCCUGCUCAGUUACUCUGGACUCAACUCAACCAAUGUGCUGGACAGCUACAGGGACCACGUGUUACAUGACGAAGAAUCCAAUGAUUUUGCAAGUGCUGUCGAGAGUAUGGGUGCUGCACUGGCUGGGCUCAAUGUGGUGCCCAACGCCGUGGGUCUCGGGGCUCUCAUCAUUUCCAUGAUCAUAGAGACAGUCGGGAAAAGCUUGGGGAGAAAAACCAUGGGCACGGCUGAGAUGUUGCAGAGGGUGUUCGCACAUGAGAAGGCCAACGAGGUCCGAGACCUGGUGGACGAGUAUUUGAAGCGUCUGCAGAUCAACUUGGGGAAGCCACAGCUCCAACUAGCCGAGACCCGGCAAAUAGAGAUCGAUCUCAGUGUGCAGCUAACGCGGCUAAAGAACUCCAUGCUGAUAGAUGGACAUCUGGACUCUAGGUUUCUGAAGCAGUGGGUGAAUGGCGCUGCCUUUCACACCCAGAUGUUGAUCCAUCAGGCUCGCCUGGAGGGGGCGGCCGGGUUGAGAGCGGUGCGAGCAGCGGGCAUUUAUCAGCAACAGCUCAACGUGAUUAUGGACAGUUACAAAACCUACCUCAAUGGUAUUACACGUAUAACAUCAGAUCACGAUACCAUAAGUGUGUAUUGUUGUCUGUAUUUCAGAGAGAGGCAGGUUUUUAACUUUCCAGCUAAAUGUUUCAAGAUGCAAUAUGAAUACUGUCUCGUCGAACUGAACUGGUUGAGACCUUGUUUUCGAAACUGCCAAUUGCUUGGACAAAGACUUAUUUCUCAGACUUAGCAGCAAAUAUUCCAACUCUUGUGAGACAAAAUGCCACCUUUCAAAUCCCAAACCGACAUUGAACUUUGUUGUUCGUGAAGCUAUGAGAUCAAUCCCAACUUAAUCUUAAACAAAAAGGAAAUUUAAACCUGUAUACACAACAGAUGUGCAGACUAAGAGAAUGCAACAACGAUUGCCAUGACAUUUGGUGUAUCCAUUCAUUGGGACCAUAGGGUGAAUCCUGAUGACCCUUCAUGUUCCUUCUAUUAACAUCAGUCAAGUCCACAUUUUUAUUUGUCCAGUAAUUCGGUUUAUGUACGAAAACCUGCAAAACGAACUAUUCCCAUGAUUCUCAGCUGUGCUUGUGGUUCAGUCAAUGUAAGCAAUCAAACACGGUUAAGAAAAAGCGGGACACACAGUGACCGUUAAAAGUGCUAAGUAUCCACCCGUUAGCAUAGUCAUAGUCAAUGCUAGAAGGUUAGCAUGCUGACAUUAGCAUUUAGCUGAGGGCCAAUACUUCUGCUUAAUGAAUGCACAAUAAGCAGAAGAGAGAAUGCUAAAUGCUACCAGCGGGUCAAUGUCUGUAUGUGUGUGUGUGUGUGUGUGUGUGUGUGUGUGUGUGUGUGUGUGUGUGUGUGUGUGUGUGUGUGCUGUUGCAUUGUUAUAGCAUACUAUGUAAUUGUUCACAAGAAUAAAUCAAACGUCCUGACUUUGCUUUCAAAGUGCACCAGAUUGAUGAAUCUAACUUUAAAAUUGUACACCAUUUACUUCCGGAGGAGCGUAACACUGAGCAUGGUCUCACAAAACAAUGAAACGGGAAUCACUGACACAUCUUCUGUACGAUGCUUCCUGCAGCUCUGUAGUGUAACCAGUAGAUGUCAGCAGCACACAGCAACAGCAGGGACAGGUGUAAAGUCUGCCUGUUUUCUUAUUGGGACCUAAAAGGCACCAAAUCCUAACCUAUGUCUAACCAUAUUAUUGCUAUACCCUAACCUAACCAUCGCAAGGUUCAUAUCAAACAAUAAAAAACACAGUGAUCGUGGGAAUUUUAUUUGUACUAACUGCUCCAGGUCACAGCGCUUCUUGUGUCCAGAUAAAAUGCUGUGCAGAACAUGUGAACGUGCUGCUCCUCUUAAAUGUUCCCUGCAUGUAUGAUUCUUUGCCUUGUAACAGAUCUUACCUGGCACUUUCAAAGGUAGCAGAUGAAGUCUUUCCAAUCGCUCCAAAUGCAACGCCCACAGCCAAACCCUCUGCAGAACAAAAGACAGACAAUGAAUCCUUGCUAGUGUCUGAUGUAUCCUUGGAAAAAAACAACAUUUAAAAGACAGAGAAAGGGAACAUGUUGUGUGGACAACAAGUGAACAAAUCAAUAUUGGAGGAACCAGGAAUCAAUAAAGAGUGUGCAGAAUAAAACACCUUUGACCCUGGAGUGACGUUACUUUAGAUUUUUCCAAUCGUACAUGAAGGUGUUUAGGCCUUUCCUCUGUAGUCAUGUUUCCACUGACUUUAACUGACCUUUUUACUGUAAUUCCCAACUGCAAACACACUACAAGAGGCUGCAAAAUAAAGGAUUCCUGCAAUUUUGACCCCCA